AAAUAAAUUAUUAAAAAAUCUGUGGAAAUUACAACAACUACAACGAAACUUCAGUGUUACUUCAUACACCAAUUAGGUCCAAAGUUUAUCCAUAAUGUCAGGUUGUUGCGGUUGUUGUUCGGCUUUGAGGCCGCGCUAUAAACGUCUCGUGGAUAAUAUAUUCCCAGUCAACUCGGAAGAUGGCCUGGUCAAAUCAAAUAUGGAAAAGCUGACAUUCUAUUCGUUGAGUUCACCGGAUAAACUGGAUCGUAUUGGUGAAUAUUUGUAUCAGAAAGCAUCGAAGGAUAUUAAUCGCAAACGUUAUAAGUUUGUGGAAAUUGCCAUGGAAGCCAUGGAUAUCUUAUUGCAGGCCUGUCAUGCCCAAACAACUUUAAAUUUAUUUGUGGAAUCAUUUUUGCGCAUGGUACAGAAAUUGUUGGAGGAUUCAAAUCCAAAUUUACAAAUUUUGGCCACAAAUUCGUUUGUUAAAUUUGCCAACAUUAAUGAGGACACACCCUCCUAUCAUCGUCGUUAUGACUUUUUCAUUUCAAAAUUCUCUUCCAUGUGCUAUGGGAAUAAUGAUAAUAUCGAACUGCGUGACAGUAUACGAUUGGCUGGCAUUAAAGGUUUGCAGGGUGUGAUACGUAAAACGGUCUCCGAUGAUUUGGUUGAGAAUAUUUGGGAAAAACAACAUAUGGAAAAAAUCGUACCAUCGCUGUUAUUUAAUAUGCAGUCUGGCGAUUUGACACCGGUGGAAGAUGCCACUGUGGUUACCCCACCCGUCUUGGCUGAGGAAGUAUUGAGAGAAUUGGUUGGUCGUGCCUCAUUUGGACAUAUACGCAGUGUCCUAAAACCCUUGCUAACCCACUUGGAUCGCCAUGAGCUAUGGGUACCAAACACAUUUGCCAUACACACAUUCCGUAUUGUUAUGAUUUCCAUACAGCCCCAAUAUUCGUAUACUGUUGUCGAAACCCUUAUGCAACAUUUGGAUAAUAAUUUCAAAUCAUCGCCCAAGACACGAACCUCUUUGGCUGUGGUCCUUUCGAAAAUUAUUGCCAUUGCAGCGGGUGAAAGUGUUGGCCCUUCAGCCUUGGAUAUUAUCAAUAAUCUAUUGACCCAUUUGAGAACUAGUGUCAGCACUACAACUGAAAUAACACCCGAAGAAUCACAAUAUCAAGAGGCUCUCAUUAAUGCUUUGGGUGAAUUUGCCAAUCAUCAUCCUGAUUAUCAGAAAAUUGAAAUUAUGCUUUUCAUUAUGAAUACGGUACCGGAUCUCUCGAAGAAAAGCAAAGGCGAUCAAAUGUUACAAAAUAUCCUCUUGAAAUCGCUACUUAAGGUGGGUACACAAUAUAGUACCACCUCAUUUGAAAAAGCAUUCCCGGCAAGUUUCUUACAACCAUUGCUGAAAAUGGCCCGUGCGCCCCAUGAUCCCACAAGGAUUAUUGUAAUGCAAAUAUUCCAAUCCCUAUUGGAUAGGCAUCAAAAUGAAAAGGUGCUAAGUACGGUUAGUAUUAAACCGUAUGCUGCCCUCUCCCAGGAGACACCAUCGCGUUCGGAUAUUAUAUUUACCCACAAAUAUGGGGCAAAUAUUAUGCAGGCCCUCAUUGAUAGUAUGGCAUUGUCGGAGAAAUUGGAUUCGCUGACAUCAAGUUAUAAUACGGCUGCAUUACUUAUUGUGGAAAUGGCUUGUGGGGAAACGGUACAAGAGUUUCUACUAUUUAUAUUGGGUAUACAACAAGUCGCCAACACCUCCGAUGAGUUGAGUAAUAUCCACAAAUGUUGCCUUCAAAUUAUUGCCAUUGCAUUGUUGACCCUAACCGCCCGGGUUACGGGCAUUAAUAAUCUACUCGAAUAUGCGCAAAAAAUCAUUGAAGAUCGUAAACAAGAGGCUACCUAUUUGCUGCCACCUCUAUUGGAUACAAAGAAAUCGAACAAAUCCUAUAAUUUAAAUUUACCCCAUUUGGCCAUUGAUAAAAUGGCUCUGGCUGAAUGUUUACAAAAUGCUGGCAUGGAUUUCAAUCGUUUGCAAACGGGUGUACCGUAUGCCCUCAAUCAAUCCGAUAAUCCAGGUCAUCGUCAUUCAUGGGUCGAGUCGGUCAGCAGCAAUCACAUGACUCAACGUAACAGUUCAGCUGAUUUGACAGCAUAUAAUGCUGAUGCGGAUAGUAUUAGCAGUUCACCGGGUGUAUCGAAGAAGGCCUUAGCUCCUGAAUAUACCGUUGAUGCCAUGAAACGUUAUUUGGCCGAACCACCAGAAUCCGUUAAGAGAGAACAACAGGAAAAACAAAAACAAAUUGUUCGCGCUUUCCGUGAAAGCGAUUUUGAGGAUCUUAUGAAACGUACUGAACCGAAGCACGAUGUCAUCCAAAAUCGUUUGAAUGACCUCUUCAAUUCCCUAUCAAUUGACAACAAGACUCCACAGAAUGCCACUAACCAAAAUGAGAAACCGAUUUAUGAAACCAACUUUCCCGAAUUAUUUUAUUACUAAAAAAAGAACAAAAAA